AUGGGCGACGGCGACGACGACGACAACGUCACCACCGCGUGCCUCGUCACGGACGCGUUCGAGACGACGUCCACUGAGCUCCUCGUCCCCCUCCCGCCCCCCGUCAGCCAGCGCUCCGUUCUCCACACGACACUGGGCGUAGCGUCCUCCGCUGCGACUCUGGUGCUCGUGCCGUGCGUCAACGCGGCCGCACACGCCACGUCGGCCGCACUGUCGGCGCCAGUCCAGUGGACACGUCACGCUCGUGUCACAAUUGCACAGUCGUGGACGGGCGCUUGCCACGCGGACAAGAACGACGAGGCGCGCGAUGGCGACGAGUCACACCUAAGUGCGACGUUGAGCAGGACACGUGGCGGGGAACGCGAGGCGCACAGAGACAGAGCAGUAGACGGCGCUCGAGACGAGCGCAGCGGACGGACGCAGUCGCUGCUCUAUGUGCCCGUGCGACUGCUCUACCGCAGCGUCUCAACUGCAGUAGCGAUUCCGACCCAAGUGGCGGUCUACAGCGGGCGAAAGAUCGCCGGCGCUGUGUCGGCGUCGCACGCGCUGGCGACGUCGGCCGUACUGGCGUCUACGGGUGCUGCCUCGAGGACGGGACGGCACGUGGCGAUGGGCAUGAAACACGGCGCCGUGUCGACUGUGUCGUACACGGCGUCGACACUGGUGGACGCGGUGGGCGCGUCGGUGCGGACGGUUGGCCACGUGGUACCUCCGUCCGUGUCGCACGCCCUGUGGCAGGGCAUGGACGUCACUGGCAACGCGUCGGUGAACGCGCUGUCGUAUGCGAUUGCCGUACCGGCGUACCGUAUGGUGCAGGCGCUUGUGCCUGCAGUGGACCAGUUGUUGUCCGAGGAGGAUGCGGUGAAGGAAACACGGACCGCCGUCAAGGCGUUGGUGCAAGUGCUGGGACCGCAGAAUGCAUACUACUGCCUGAAAUGGAUCUACGAGACAGUCAACAGCGAAGCAGCGCACGACAGCUUGUUGCUGUGCUAUGACGUGCUGCACGAGUCGCUGGAUGGCGAAAACUAUCAUCGCGCUGCAGCAUCCGUGAGCACUGCUACUGGUAUCACGAGCGUCGUGCACGUGCUGAAGGAGGCGUACAACGUGGUGCCAUCGUUGGACGAGAUACUGGAUGCAGUGGUGCUCGUGGCGGACGUAUCGGACGAGGUGGUGGACGGCGUGGCUCAUGUUGCACCCAAGCAAAGCAGUCUGAACGCGCCAAGCGAGAGCGAUGAAGCGACACGUACUCGUCAGUGGGAAUAUGUGGACAACGUGGACGAUCGGUGCGAGGAACAUCGUCCCGCAGAGCGCACGGACGCAGUGGUUGAAAGCGCUCUGUUGUCACAGGACGAGUCAAACUCGCUGGCCGAGUCGGGUCUUUCGCUGUUGACGCGACUGUGCGACAGUGAAGAAGCGUCGUCACUAUUUAACACGUUUGGCGACUUCUUGGACGUGCUGGUGGACUGA